GAAGCAAUCCAACAACAGCUGACAUUCCUCGUGCGCGAUGGAAUCUUCACAGCUUCGGAUAACCGAGAAUGAGGCCCUUAUCGAGUCAUCUUUCAGGCGUCUCAUUGCCGCAAUCGAAGCUGAGCGAGAGAAGAUGCGUAGCACAUGGACUCAAAUUGAUGAGGAGCAGCAAGUCACUGGAGAUGAUCUCGCAAGAUUGAAGUUGGACACAGAGGAAUGGUGUAGGGCAGAAAGAGUGAAAAUUGAAAACGAAUGGAAGCGGCUAGACCGGCUUCGAGAACGGAUGAGCGUGCUUUCUCCAAGUUCCAGAGAGGUCUUGCAGAUCAACUGCUCGGGAGCAAUCUUCCAGCUGCCCAAGCGUGCACUCUGUUUUAUUGAAGGAAGCUUCUUGAACCACAUGUUCAGUGAUGCUUACAUCCAAAGCGUGCCUCGUGAUGCGCAGGGAAGAUAUUUCCUGGAUUUCAACCCUGAGUGCUUUGGCAUAAUUGUGGACUGGCUCACAAAGCUGGAGGAAAAUCCACAUGCCAGUGUCCCGAAAGUGCCUGAACAGCAAAAAUUAAAUAUGGACAUGCUUGCAGAAGCAUUGAGCCUGCGCCAAUUUGUUUUCGGAAAUUGCUUGCGAACGAAUCAUGGGACAUCUCUGAAAGUGAGAGGAAAUACGGCGGAGGCAACUCAUAUGGGUUGGCAGAUCAUAUCGGCCGAACAUCCUCUGAAGAUGUCAGGCAAUUCUUUCUUUGAGAUCAGAAUUCUGAGCAAUCCAGACCCGAAUACUGACAGAAUCGCUGUUGGUCUUUGUGGACACGUACCCACCGGUGCAGAGGUGCAUACAAUUCGCAUCAAAGAUGCAUUUGUGUACAACAGCAACGUGGGAAUAGUUGGAGAUGUGGUUGAAGCAAACAACUGUCAAGAAAGGAUCAAGUUCGUGGAGGGUAUGACCAUAGGAGUUCGCCAUGACAUCCAGACACGGCUGACCCACUUCUUUGUGAAUAGAUCGUCUAUUGGGUCUUGCUCACUUACACCAGACGCCCUGGAGCGAAUGCCAGUCAUGUAUCCCGUUUUUGGGCUGCAUGCGGUGGGGCAGAAGAUCGAGGCUGACUUCAGCCUCAGCGGUCCACUAGCUUCGCGGAAGCCAGACGCCGAAAAAGUGGUGGAGGCUAUGGGAGGCCUCGAGGGUCACGCAUCGGACUGAUCCUGGGACGCUUUGCAUAGACCUGGAAGCUUGGAUGCUUACGGAGUCCACAAUGUCCGUCCACAAUGUUUCACUGGAGGGUUGCUGGUUUUGUCUCACCGAAAAAAAUGCGGUUUCGUUG